GUCUCAGCAAUACAUGUCUCAACUCUCAAAAGUUUGAGCCGGCAGAAUGCCUUGAUAACAACCAGAAGCCCUGUCAGAAAGGAGGUGGGGGAAGGGGGGCUGCAACCUGCAGUCAUCAAUAUCUGCAGGCCAUCUGUCAUAGGGGUCUAUGGGGGGGGGCGCUCUGUCUCAACUCACAGAAGAAGGACAUAUGUUGCACCUACAGGGAGAGGAGAAGGACCAAAAAGACACAGAGAUGACAGACAGAGGUGUGUGGAGAGAGUUGAAAACAACGAGAGAAUGGAAAGCAAGUAAGAAAGAGAUGGCGUUUGUAGAUGACAGUCAGGCUACAGUGUUUCAAAUGGUAGGCAUGUGUCUGAGAAAGGUCCUUGAUUGAUUUGUCAGUAACUGAUUGAUAUACCUUUCAAACCUUGACUAGAACUCAGUGAUUGAGGUUUGUCAUCCCUAAUUUCAACAACCUUGAAAGAAGAACAUAACUACACUGAAUUUAAGGGUAUAGGGCAGGCUAUCUGAAUUUGUAUUAACCUAUGAGUAGGCCUACUUUACCUAUAACUUGUUCCACACUAUUGCCAUGUUAUAACCACAAGUGCUACCAACAUUAUUUUAUUGACUAAAUUAAUCUGAUUGUGCAUUUUUGCACACUACAGUAUAUUCAUCAGUUUCAUUACAUAUUGCAAAAAAAUUGGUAGGGUCACCUGCUAAUACGAUUCUGAGGAAGGCAUUCUAAGAAAUGAAAGCUUCCUUUCAGUCAGUGGUGGAAAAAGUACACAAUUGUCAUACUUGAGUAAAAGUAAAGAUACCUUAAUAGAAAAUGACUCAAGUAAAAGUGAAAGUCACCCAGUAAAAUACUACUUGAGUAAAAGUCUAAAAGUAUUUAGCUUUAAAUAUACUUAAGUAUCAAAAGUAAAUGUAAUUGCUAAAAUAUACUUAAGUAUCAUAAGUAAAAGUAUACAUUUCAAAUUCCUUAUAUUAAGCAAACCAGACAGCACCAUUUUGGUAGUUUUUUUUAAAUUUACGGAUAGCAAGGGGCACACUCCAACACUUAGACAUAAUUUACAAAAGAAGCAUGUGUGUUUAGUAAGUCCGCCAGAUCAGAGGCAGUAGGGAUGACCAGGGAGGGAUGUUAUCUUGAUAAGUGUAUGAAUUGGACCAUUUCCCUGUCCUGCUAAGCAUUGCAAAUGUAACGAGUACUUUUGCGUGUCAGGUAAAAUGUAUGCAAUUUUAUUUUGGUAUGUAGUGGAGUAAAAGUAAAAGUAGUCAAAAAUAUAAAUAGUAAAGUACAGAUACCCCAAAACACUACUUAAGUAGUACUUUAAAGUAUUUUUACUUAAGUACUUUACACCACUGUUUUCAGUGACACUUUGAAAGCUCAAGCAUAUUUGAGGAGUUGCAAUGAGAGAAAGGGAAGAAGUUGGAUUAGAUUUGUGACUUCAUGUGGUCCGCGACCCCUUUGUGUUCCUUUUCAAUGAGCAUUGUUUUGGAACGCUGACAGUGUGCGCCGCUCUCAUUGGCUGUUUUAGGAAACAAUAACAGGACCGGUGGCCUCUGAUUGGUUCAACCCGACAGCUACCCAAUACCCCCUCUCCGACUGAUACGUUUCUCUACCCAACUUUAUCUAGUAUGAAGUAAAGUUGCUUGUGUUUGGAAGCGGUGUGCAAAGCGACAUUUCACCGCAAAGAUGAAGAUGAAGCUGUGUAAAACGUUUUUAGGUGAGUAGCCUAUGGAUUAUCUGUUUCUCUCUCUCUCUUCGGUAAACUAUGUGUUGAUGGCUAACUGAACUCAGGUUAGGAGCAGAAGUGACGGUCUGAGCAUCGUUCACUUAUUUGUCUGUUAGGAUAGGACUUGCUCUUUUGCAUGUCUUUUAUUCAAGAAUUUGAAUUAUCUUAUAGUCUGUUUAUGCUGCAUUAUUUGAUAUAGGCUAUAGAUGUUUAAACCUAUACUAAUUUGUUAAUUUCGUAAACUGUGUAGCCAAGUGCCUAAUUUAAAGACACAGUAGCCCAUUGAUUGUAAGGAAAGUGUCAGUAUUUGCAUUGGCUUAUCACUAGGAUAGAUAAACGGGUUGGUUGUUUAGCAACAAAACCGACUUGUGAGGAACUAUGGGGGAAAAAAAGACGGGGUUGGCUUAGAAUGUUGGCAACAUGUAAACUAGCCUAUAUUUAGUCUCCAAUAUUUAUUGAAAACCUAAAUACAUUUGCACAAUGGGCACUUGUAGUCUCACGAAUACGUUACAGCUGUUGGUUAGCUACCUAGCGAUUUUCAGUCAUAACACCUCAAAACAAGACAUGAUGAUAUCAAGAACAAGAGGAAACGAGCCAAUUCCCCACAUGGCAGUUUGUCAUUCUUGCUAGCAAUUUGGCCAUCCAAGAAUCACAACAACAUGCUGACUUCUGCCCCAUGGAAGCCUGCACAUCAAUUUCGUGAUGUUGUCAGCUAACCCAUCUAUAGGCUAGCAUCUUCCAGCCACUAGGCAUACUAGACACAAACAGGUGGCAUCAACUUUAUUUAAACAUAGUCUAAUUAUGUCCAGGUGACUGCUUUGUAUUUUAUUUGCAAUAACUCAUGAACUCUAUUUACACAAUGUAAUUUUCACCCAAAAUGUAUGGCAGCAAUAGAGUAGUGAGGAGGAGGAGUCUACCAUGUCAGGAAGCGACUUCACCUUAUAGUUUCUGUAUUCAGGGUUCACUCAAACAUGUUUUAAGCUUUGUUUUAGUAUUGACAGUUACAGCUGAUUUCAGGAUUGUAUAUUGAUUCACUUGCCUUAAAUAAUAUAAGUAAUCUGAUAUAUUUGUUUCAGUGUCUGAAUUGUUUAAUCAAACUUUUCGCCUCCAGCUCCUGAUAUCAGGGCAUAACAACUACAAUCUGUCUCCUGAAUUAGCCCAGCUAGGCACACAUGUGCACUAAGGCCGAGCCAUUUCUCUGCUUUUCCCUGGUUUCCAAUAGUUACCACAGCCACAAAAUCAAAUUUGUCUCUAUCGUAAAUAUUCAGGAAAACAAAAAUUUGCUUUUUGGUCUUAAUUUAAGGUUAGGGUUAGGUAUACGGUUAACACGCAGUGAGGUUAGUGUUAAAGUUAGGGUUAGGUUUGAAAUCAGAUUUUAAGAAGAUACAUUGUAAAUAGGGUUUAUGACUUUGUGGCUGUGGUAACUAGUGACGUCCGUUUUCCCUGGCUAAACUAGCUGGCUAGCUGAACUAUGCUAGUUUUCGUCCUCAUUGCCAAACUUCAUACACUUAUACAGUCAUGUAACAAAAAAAUUCGCUGGAAGUAAACUUAAAUUAUUUAUUGUUGUAUUGUUUGUUGUAAAACGACGGUGGCGAAGGAUAUCGUUGGUACUUAAAGCGGAUCCAAGUUCAGUUUUGACAUCCACCGGCGUUUCUGACUGUAGGAACUGUGAGAACGGGCAACCUCGCCCCGCUUGGCUCGAUGGGAUAUGUAGUGAUUUUGCCAACACAUCCAUCUAUGUAUGCCUACACAGUCUUGUACCCAGGGAUGAAGCGCGGCCAGAGCGCGACCCUCACCUUUUUCAAUUUGACAAUACCCCGAGCUGGUAAAAAAAAAAUCUGGAAAAUUAGCCUAUUUCUGAAGCUGAAUCAAUGUCCCGCUUGAUCACGUAGGCUAAUGAUGAAUUAGUAUUUUACAUAACAGAACCGAAUAUAAUAAUAGCAUAGGAGGCCUGUAACAUUACUGUUACACCAAAAGCACCUCCUCGUUUCUAGUGAGAUUUUAGGAUAGUUAACUGAAGCUGAGUUUCUUUUCUCAUGCGGCCAAAGCUCAACAGCGCACGCCAGUAGAUAAGAUACAUGCUUUGAUUUGUUUGUUAACACCAUCUGCUCUAACUUGCUCACGAAACAGUAAUGUAAAUUCAUAUUCUCAUGAAACUGAUGGUGCAGACGCAGUUUGGGCAAACGUGAAGAAUUAUAAUUGACAGUGAUGAUGUCCUAUUUUGAAAUUAGGUAGGUAUGCCUAACUUGGUGUUUGAGGGUAUUAAACAUAGAACAUUUCUUGAGACAAUAUGUGGGGGUAUAGGCAGACAUUGCAAUUGGAGGAUACAUUUUAUGCAUAUUCUAUAGGCUGAUAAUAUUCAAUGCUACAUCUGUCAGUACAAACUUUGAUUGAGAAAUGAUGAUGUAAUAAAUAAAUAAAAAUGGCACUACACCACUGCUUGUACCCUUAACCUUUUUUAAACUGACUAUCAUAUUUUUCAUACUGGCCCCCGUGGGAAUCGAACCCACAACCCUGACGUUGCAAGAGCCAUGCUCUACCAACUGAGCUACGUCUCCUCACCACUCUAUAAACUAGUCGACAAGGUCAAUGAAAUGUUUUUAUUUUUUAUUGCACAGUUGCUGAUUUUCAGUUGUUUAUGAAAAGUGUUUCUGUAGCCUGCAUGACCGAAAUGAUAUCAACAGAAAAACAAUGUUGAAUCCUAACCACACAAGGCCCUUUGUGCUGACCAAAGAUUUCCUGAACUCACAUUCCGUCCAGACACUUUGUUAGACAAAGGAAAGUUGUGUCCCUUCAGGGAUUAGUGGUUCUUAACUCUGUACAGGAGACGUCAGGCUGCAGGCGUAUUAAAAAAGUUUUGUGCGGGGUGGGGGAGUCUGUCAGAUUGGUCCAUCUGUUGGUGGGGAGUCGAAAGUGUAGCCUACCCUCUCGUCGGUCGCCCCCUAUGUAAUAUUUAUACAGCCCGUCCCAGUCACAGCAGAUCCGAAGCUAAUUGUAUUCCAGAGCAGGGCUGUCCAUCUGCACUGGGGCUUUAAGAAGUGCCUGAGAUUAGAUGGGGGAGAAAAAGGUCCCAGCUGGUAACCGAAGAGGAGGUGUCUCUUUAAAUAUGCAAAACUCUUUCGAAGUUGCUCCAGCUUUAACAGUGCCAAAAUUUGGAUAAUUGUUUCUAGUUUUGCAACCGGACGUCUGAUGGGUAUAGACUAGGCCUGCUAGGCUAUAGACCUAUGCCCAAUAAGUAAAAACAUUUAGUUACAUUCACUCAAAAGUGUAUACUAGUCAUUUAUUAUAGCCUAUUCGUUUUGUUUAAGUUACUGAUUGGGUUUCCACAUUUGUAUAGGCAUAGGCUGCAUGAUUUAAUUAUUAGAAUUAGAUUAUGGUCAUAUAUUCAUGGUUAUGUUAGCAUUUAUUAACAAAUAUUUAAACCUUGUUCUAAUUCAUUAUUUUUUUGCGUUACAUUAUAUUAUUUUCAUCAAAACAAAAGUUUUUCGUUUGAUACUUUGGAUGAUGUAGGCCUACACAAAGUGCUACGAAGAGUUUGUUUACAACAGACGCCAUGCAAUUCGAAUAAAUUGUUAAAUGAACAAAACAUCGGCUUUUGAAGUUAACUUUGAAGAGUUUUCUAUCGGUGUGCAUUGGAAAGUGGUUUAUAUUGAGCUGUGAGAGUAAUUACCACAUUUAUAAGGCCAAAUGUCAUGUUCAUGGACGGCCGUUUUAGCAGUGGUCUAGCUACUGUCCAUGGUGCUGAAACUAAGGCACGCGCCACCCGAGCGCUGUCCGGGACGCUGAACUCUUCAAGAUCCUUGCACUGUGCUUAGAUUUACCUCGAUGCUGAUGUUGAUUGAGGGUGUCGAGUCUACAGAUAAUUUAUGAUUGAUGUAGCAUGAUAACUGAUUUAAAAAAAUUACCGGAGUACCCGAAGCCCUGCCCCUCUUAGCCUAUGUUGUGGGGUUUGCUAUGGUGAUGUCAGAGUAUGGGGGAGGGGUGAACAAUGGCCCAUGAGCGAAAGGUAAGGCAAUAUUACGUAUUCUGGCUGACAAAGGCAAAUGAAGCCAUGUUUUUUUGCUUAUGCAUUUUGGAGUAGGCUAUUCUAAAUUUAAAGUUGGAGUAAUGCCGCUUUUGUAAACUGGAGACUGGCGGAAGAGCACUCAGCUCUGGAUUAUGUUUGAUGUCUCUAACGGUCAAUGAGGGCGGUGCGGGGAUAUUGUGUACGUUGUAUUCAAUGCUGAGCAGAAGUUGUUGAAAUAGGGAUCAGGAAGCCCGUCUUACCUACUUGAAAACAACGAAGCAACCAGAGCCAUUCAAGAAUGGUAGGCUAUUUAUAAAUCAUAUUACGUUUACAAUUCUGCAGUAUAUAGUUACAUUAUUUUGUUCCCCAAAUUCGUUUGAAAUCAGAUUGUAAACCUAUCCUUUCGCGAAUAUCUUUUGGUUUCUAUAAUGGACGUCCCGGUCUUAAUUCUUAAAGAUGCAGUCUCUUUAGGCUGCUCAUUCAUAUAAAACACAAUUUAAUCUUAUUUCACAUAACCUUCAGUAUCAUAGACAUUAUGGACUGAAAAAGCAGAACACACAGUUCUGUUAAUCCAAAGGUAAUCCAAAGGUAAUCCAAACGACCAGAGAAUGUCAAUUCGGACAAAUGACGGAACUCUUUUGUAUAUUCCCCUUGAAAAAAACGUUUAUCGUUUUGAUAUGAGUUUCAGAAUAAGCUCUAAUGUUCACAGUUUGUAAAAACAUGAAUGUGUGAUUUGUAGCCGAUUUAGUGUUGCUUAGGGUUACUGAAACUUGAAGAAAAGCAUAAUGUUGAUAAGUUUGAAAGCUUUAGGCCUUGUACAGUAGCCUAUGUCAUUGUAUUUUAUGGUUUACCCUUUCUUUACAUUAUGAAGAGCCUAUAGAAAAAGUAGGAGAUAUCAGAUAAUAUUUGAAGCUAGGGAUAUUUGUUUCGAUUUAGGGUGCUAUUGUGAAAGUCCUUUAUGUUUUUGCAACCAAGAGAGGCAUAGGCCUUUAAUAAACGCAAUGUUGCCUACUUUUCUUGUUCCUAUCUCGUCUUCUAUGUUUUUUGUCUUUGUAGUUCAGUUGUGGAUGUUCACUCGAUGACCAAUUAAGGCCUAAACCUGCACGUUUAUUUUGUUACAAAGUGGCUUUGCAAUGGGCCUACUGCUGCGUUACUAAAUAAUUUGCCUAGUGCUUUGCUACUCGGCUCGCAGGAGGUUGUGUGUCGAUGACUGUAAAGUGUGUCGGUAGGAGUCUGUGUGUGUGUGGGGGGGGGUGGAGCUACAUUUCCGAGAGCCAAUGCGCCCCUCAAAUGUCACCAUCUCCCGGGGCUAUGUGCGCUCAGAGUGCCAUUUAUAACGAGUUUAUUAAUAUAGUAGCACUAGAAAAACCCACCCAAGCUUGAUAUUUGAAGGCUCUCUCUCUCUCUACAGCAAGGACUGAUUAAAUCGAAGGCGUGGUGCCAUAGCCUUUCAUACAGAGUGAGUGUGUUAGGUCGUGUUAGCACCAUGGACAGCGAGCGCCGUGGUGUUUUUGUGCAAAGCCGAUAAACAAAGACACGAAGCACGUUCUCUUUAAACCCACAAUCAUAAAUCAUUUGAAUCUAUUCAAAUGUGUCCUACAGUAUGCCUUUAGGUCUAAUUCCAUUAUGUGUAAUACAUUAUAAAAAUAGCAUGGUCGAGGCCUUUGCUUUGGGUAGGCUAGCUGCUCUGGUGAGCAGAUAUGCAUUUCUGUUGUACAGUUUAAUAUUUCAGGAUAUAUGAUUCAUGGCUAGUUUAUUAAAGGCUAUUCCUCAAAUAAUACAAUUACCACCAGUUAUAGGGCUAACCGUCCAUCCAUAUAGUAGGCGUAAUCAUAGGUAGGCCUAAUAUGGUAUAAAAUGAUACAUUAUUUUUGCACAUUGCUGAAUGUUUUACACAACAUGAACACUGUACGCGUUGCCUCAACAUCAUUGCUUAAUUGAGAGCUCUAGUGAUAACACACGGGCAGGCCUUGUGUAUUGUUCUCUUAUAUUUCUCUGGGAGAAUCCCACACACAACCCGAUUGUCUAUGGCAGGGCUCUCCAACCCUGUUCCUGGAGAGCUACCCUCCUGUAGCUUAGACAUUUUUUUCCCGUUACAUUUCAUUCAUUUAUCAGACGCGACUUACAGUAAUGAAUGCAUACAUUUUCGUACUUUCUCAUACUGGUCGCCCGUGGGAAUCGAACCCACAACCCUGGUGUUGCAAGCAGCAUGCUCUACCAACUGAGCCACACGGUUGUAACUAACAGUUGUAACUAACCUGAUUCAGUUUAUCAACCAGCUAAUUAUUAGAAUCGGGUGCGCUAGAUUAGGGUUGGAGUGAAAACCUACAGGAGGUAGCUCUCCAGGAACAGGGUUGGAGAGUCCUAAUGUAUGGGGAGCUCCAAGGGUCUAGGGCGGCAGGUAGCUUAGUGGUUAAGAGCGUUGUGCCAGUAACCGAAAGGUCGCUGGUUCUAAUCCCCGAGCCGACUAGGUGAAAAAUCUGUCGAUGUGCCCUUGAGCAAGGCACUUAGCCCUAAUUGCUCCUGUAAGUCGCUCUGGAUAAGAGCGUCUGCUAAAUGACUAAAAAUGUAAAAAAUGUAAGGGACGAGGUGCCCACAUGAGGCAAUAGCUGUGUGGAUGUAGUUCGUAAUGUAUAGUAGGCCUAAAAUGAAACAGCUGGGUCACGCGCUCAUGCUAUACAUUGUUCACGGGUGAAACGCUGUGUCAUUGUAGAAUUAGAAUACAGUUCUAUAGCCUAAUGGGUGCAAUAAUAAUAAUAUAAUAACAGUCAUGGUUAUUUAUGAACCAUCAACCUGUUUUACCUGUAGCUCUGUCCAGAUUGAACAUUAAAUGAUUUCUGGGUUGCUCUACAAGGAUAAUUUUGUGUACACGUUUAAAAAAAAUAAACAUUCUGUACACAAAUAAGAUUAACACCAACAAACAAAAUGACAUGAUGUAGUAAAAUGAACUUGCCAUACAUGGAAAAAAUAUAGUACGUAACACAGUCAUUACUUACAUCACUAACGGGUUAGGAUGUCACCAGUGCAGACAAUAUAGGUAGUGAUGUAUAACCAUGACUUUGUGUCCAAUGUCUCUCCUCUCCAAUAGAAAAUGAGUUCAGAGGCCAGCUGCUGAACCAGAGGUGGACACGAGGGGACAGAAUAAGCAGAUUCUGUGAGGUCAAGAGGAGCCUGCGAAUCAAAGUGAGAAGCUGUGUUUGUGGUUGUGUGUGUGUGUGUGUGUGUGUGUGUGUGUGUGUGUGUGUGCACGCACACAUGUACCUGUGUCUGUGUGAGAAAGAGCGAGAGAGAAAUAGAGAGUUAAUGCUUCGUGAUACCGAUGAGUAGUGUCAGAAACAGUGACCCUCCCAUUUCACACAAAAUCUAUCUCACUCUCCUCUCUCUCUUCCUUCCCUCCCUAAACGGAAGGAGGUCAUUCAUUUUUCCUUUUAACAGCUUCUAUUAGAUUUGAUAAGGGCUCUGCUUUUGUAACCAGAUCUUGCUCCAUUGAGGAUGAGGGACCCGAGUGGCGCAGUGGUCUAAGGCACUGCAUCGCAGUGCUAGCUGUGCCACUAGAGAUCCUGGUUCGAAUCCAGGCUCUGUCGUAGCCGGCCGUGACCGGGAGACCCAUGGGGCGGCGCACAAUUGGCCCAGCGUCGUCCAGGGUAGGGGAGGGAAUGGCAGGCAGGGAUGUUGGUAGAGCAUGGCGUUUGCAACGCCAGGGUUGUGGGUUCGAUUCCCCCGGGGGGCCAGUAUGAAAAAAUAAAUAAAUAUGUAUGCACUCACUAACUGUAAGUUGCUCUGGAUAAGAGUGUCUGCUAAAUGACUAAAAUGUAAUGUAAAAAAAUGGAAGGUUCCACCUGACUUUGAAAUCAGUAUGAAUGUUAUGCGUAUGUGUUAGGUUAUGGGUGUAUCUGUGUGUGGGAAGAGGAAGACAGGGGGAAAGAUACAUUGAUAGUGCUAUGGUACUUGCAAUGAGGCACUGUAUGCAUUGAUGAUGCAGAAUAAUUGUAGAGAAGUCACUCAAAAAGUGAAGCUGUGUGUGUAUGAGCAUCAAUAUGUGUACCUGUGUGUCUAUGCAGUAUAUGUUUGUGUGUGUGUGUGUGUGAGAGAGAGAGAGCGAGAGCGAGAAAGAGAGGUAGUGAGUUCACUGUCAUGACACUGUGUGUUUCAGAUGAGUCAGGAAGCAUCAGAAACAAGAACACGGACCCGCUCAAAAGGCAUCCGAGGUGAGCUGGGGCCACACACAUGCACACACAAACACGUGAUAUUAAUGGAAACAGCUUCAUUUGGUGUGUAUUUAGGAUAAGUGUGUCUUUUGAUGUUCACUGUCUGUCAUUUUACUCCCCAGUACCCAUUGAACUGGUGGGAACAGAGUUAAGGUGAGAGAGGAUGAUGUUUUCUGUAUAAAUCCACCCACACACUUUUCCUAUUACUGUAUACAUGUAGCCCUUUCCUGAUAACUGCAAUAUGGGUCCAGUACACUAAAACCAGAGCAUGCAGAUAUUCAGAGCAAAUAAACUGGGCUGACGAUGAACUGAAAAGCACAUACAGAGUUUGAACGUAUCCAUUGUGCAACAUGAAGAAAACACAUGUUUGUUUUCUGUUUGUAUCACUAAGUAGCUGCCCCACACCCGGAUGCGAUGGUUCAGGCCAUGUCAGUGGGAGAUAUUCACGACACAAAAGGUACGACAUACUAACUAUACUAACCACCGCCAACUAUUAGCGCUCAAGUUCCUAUGCUAACACAGUUUGUAAAAUACAUCUCAACUUUGGGUCAUUGAAAAAAAGCUCCAUUACAAAUACAACGUAUAGUGUAAAAUAUACAUUUGAAGGGGAAUUCAAUAGUGUCUUAAUAACACCCAUCUCCUCACCUUGCACCCACAGCGUUCUCGGAUGCCCAAUAGUGAAGAAGAGGAAACUUGCGGAGGCGGAGGCAGAGGCAGAAGAGAAUCAGCCUGCCCCUAAGAAAAAGACCCCGUCCCUGAAGUUGGCCAUGGACGAGGGUUUCAACGCAGCAGACAGUGAUGCUGGCAGUGAGGCGGAGCAUAAGGAGGAGGAGGAGUCAGAGGAGGAGGAGCAGGAGGAUAAAGAAAAUAACAAAACGCCAAACCCACUGGAGUCCAUGAAAGGUGAGUCAAGAGAAGACUAGAAUCCAAGGAAAAUAUCACAUUUAUCAUGGAUUGUUAUUGGCUAUUACAGUGGUAAAUAUUGAUAAUGAUACUAAAGUAAGUAAUGAUGGAAAGACAAAUACAGGGAACAGCUCUUUCUUUAGCAAUAACCUAUCAACUCUGCACUGUACACAGCCGAUUGCACACAGGUGGUACCCGAAGACACAGAAAAAGUGACGUCUGUCGAGUUCGACACCAUAGCUGCACCUGAAGUAGAGGCUCCGCAGGAGGACACAGAAGCAGCCACCACAACCCAACAGCAGGCUUCCACAGAGGCAGAAGCAGAAACAGAGGCAGAAGCAGAAACAGAGGCAGAGACAGAUACAUACAGACGCGAAGUGGAGGUGCAAGUAGUGGCAGAGAUACAGGCCGCUGAGGAGGAGAAGGAGGAGGAAGAUGAGGGGACAGUUGAUGAAGACAGAACAACAGAGCAGCCCAAAGGCAACGAUAAAACAGGGAGAGCAGAGAUUGAGGAGAAGCAAAAGGAGGAGGUAGGAGACGAGGAAGAAGAGGAGGAGGAGGGAGUGGAGGAAGAGAAAGAAGAGGAGAGGCAAUGUGUGAGUCAGGAGAACUCAGAUCAUCAGUACUCCAGUGGCGACUACAGCAGGCAUCAGGCAAAAGAGGAAGGAGAUGAGGAAGAAGAAGAGGAAGAGAAGGAGGGAGAGGAGAAGGAGAAGAAGGUAGUGGAAGAGAAGGAGGAGGAAGAGAAGGAGGAGGAGGAAGAGGAGGAGGAGGAGGAAGAGGAGGAAAAGGAGGAGGAGGAGGAGGUGAUCCACGUGGAGCCUGCCAUCUCUCUUGCCUCUAGUACGCUUGCUCAGAAAUGUGAGGAUAAAGAAGUGGCCCCGGAGGAGAUAAACAUUUGUACCCUGUUGACAGAAGAGGAGGAAGAGGAGGAGGAAGGAGAGGAGGAGACAGAAGCAGGGGAGGUGGAAGAAGAAGACCAAUAUUCUCACAAAGCCUCACCUACCACAGUGGUCAUUGAGAUACGAUCUGAGGAGGAGGAAGAGGAGGAGGAAGAUGACUGUCUCUCACAGGGUUCGGGCGUGACAGAUGACUCGGAGACCUGGGAUAUGACCCGGGGGAACUUAGGGCUGCUGGAGCAAGCCAUCGCACUAAAGGCCAAGCAGGUGAGAGGGCCGCACGACGACCAACAGUCUCCUGAGGACCAGCGCUACCAAAGCCCCGACGACAGGGCCAGCAAACCCAUGGACCCAGCCAUUCGACACAGAGGACACCACAGCAAAGGUAGGACAGUUUAUGGUUUAUCAGGAUAUCUUUUAACCCACCAUAGGUUAAUCUUCCAAUUAUUAUCCUGCUCACUCAACUUCUCUCCCCUUUCCAUCCAGACAAGAAAGAGGUGAAAUGCCCCACCCCUGGGUGUGAUGGGACGGGCCAUGUGACUGGGCUCUACCCCCACCACCGCAGCCUCUCUGGGUGCCCUCACAAAGACAGGAUCCCACCUGAGAGUGAGUACUUGUUUGUAGUACUAGCAGAGUACUAACAUGGUACUACCAAAGUGCUAACAGGGAAACAUUACUGCUUUGAACAAUAUUCAGACCUGUCACACAAACAUAUAUCUCUCUGUCUAUGUCUCUCUCCCGCCAUCUCCCUAGUCCUGGCCAUGCACGAGAACGUGCUGAAGUGUCCAACUCCAGGAUGCACAGGCCAAGGUCACGUCAACAGCAAUCGCAACACACACCGCAGGUAUUAUACUGUCCAACGAUUAUAACCUCACAUUUACAUUUUAUCCCUACACUUAAUUGAGUAUAUGGGAAAUUAGCUGUUAAUGAGCUGUAGUUCUAGUCACAAAGUUAGUCAAUCAAAAGGGAAACAAUUGAUUAAUUAUCUCUCUUUGUCCAUCUCAGUCUGUCUGGUUGUCCCAUCGCAGCUGCAGAGAAGCUCGCCAAGGGGGGCCAAUUCACCCCCAGUCACCCCCAGCCUUCAGUCAGCGAGCCCCCAACUGGGAGCCCCCACUCAGACAGAGUUCUCAGGUGAGCCCUCUCUCCUCCUCCCAUUCUCCCCUUACUACAAAAGCUGUCUCUGAUGCAUUUUACUCAUAUUUUACCCUUUCUCUUGCACAAAAUGUUCUGACUCUCUCUCGCUCUCUCCUACAGACCUAUGUGUUUUGUGAAGCAGCUGGAGAUCCCUCAGUAUGGCUACAGACCCAACAUGGUGCCUGCCACACCCCGCGCCAACCUGGCCAAAGAGCUGGAGAAAUACUCCAAGGUUUCCUUCGACUAUGCAAGCUUCGACGUCCAGGUGUUUGGGAAGCCUAUGCUGGUUCCAAAGAUGCCCGCCACCAGUCAACCCUCACCCAAAGCCAUCAAAUGUAAGACGAUCUUAGCAGAAAUAAUGAAAAACUAUGAGAAUGCAGGGAAACCAGUUAUAAUCUUUAUAGCAGAUUAAUAACAAGGUUAUUUAUUAUGGCCAUUGAACUGUCAUCAGAUCUGAUAACAAUAAGGGGCUAAAAAUGUAUGGAUCAGAGACAAAAGUAUCAAUAUAUGCUGAUGAUUCAAGUUCUCGAGUCCUCAAUCUUCAACCUUGAAGGGCCUUAAGAUAAAAUAGUACUUUAUUAAUCCCCCAGAGUAGAAAUUUGAUUGCAUCAGCCAAUACAUACAUUACCAAUAAAUACGCCAUAAAAACACAACAGACACACACUAAACCAGCACAUCAUCAAUGGAUAUAAAAAACUAAGUGUUUGUGUUAAAAGCCUCAUAGCAUAUGGUAAAAAGGAUCAGCGGAAACGUUCUGUUUUAGGAAAAAUAAAUCUGUCUGCUCCAGGUAGAUACCUGGCUAGUGUUGGCCUCUAUACUCCUGAGCUUCUUGAGGUUCCGCUUAUCUAGGAUGGGCUCUAGUUUGUCCUGGUUGGUGCCGAUGGUAGAGCCAGCCUUCUUGAUGAUUUUGUUUAGCCUGUUUGCAUCCUCCCUAGUGAUGUUACCCCCCCAGACAUUGAAGGAUCUGCGCUUCCUUAAAAAUAAUAGCCUUUGCUGAGCCUUUUUAAAAACCAUGGUGUUCUCUUUCCACUGCAGCUUAUCAUCAAUCACCACCCCCAGGUAUUUGUACGAGUCCACCCUUUUCAGUGUGACCCCAUUGAUGACCACAGCAGAUGCGCUCUCCUUCUUGCUCCUGAAGUCUAUCACCAGCUCUUUGGUUUUAGACCUAUUCAGCUCCAGGUGGUUUUGGCUGCACCAUGCCACAAAUGAGGAUAUUGCCUCCCUGUAUAGGGAAUCAUCAUUCUUCGUGAUGCAGCCUACAAUGGCUGAAUCAUCUGAAAACAUUUGUAGGUGACAGGAGGCUUGGGCGUGCCAGCAGUCUGCUGUGUAGAGGGUGAAGGGGAAUGGUGACAAAACUGUCCAUUGUAGGGCAUCUGUGAUCGUGAUGAUGGUGUCUGAGACUGAAUGGUUCUGUAGUCUGACCCGCUGCGGCCUGUCAGUGAGGUAGUCCAUGACCCAGGUGAUGGUGGAAGGAUGUAACUGUAUGACCUGGAGUUUGCAGGCUAGAAGAUGGGACUGGAUGUUGUUGAAGGCACUAGGAAGGUCAAAGAACAUGAUGCGGACUGCACUCACUCCCUGCUCUCUCCAAGUGCUCAUACGCUUUGUGCAACAUGAAUAGCAGUGCAUCUUCCACACCUAUCUUGGCCUGGUAGGCAAACUGCAGGGGGUCAAGAAACCCCUGCACCUGCUGCUUUAGUUGCGCCAGGACCACUUUGUCAGCUGGGAAGUGAGUGCAACAGGCCUGAAGUUGUUUAGGCCCUGCCCCUUGGUGUUUUUGGGAACAGGCACAAUGCAGGAGGAUUUCCAUAGUGUAGGUACAGUAGAGGUAGACAGUGACUGCAUGAAGAUAAAGUGCAGGAUCCUGCACAGCUGCUCAGCACAGUCCUUGAGCACCCAGGGUCUGAAUCCAGCCGGUCCUGCAGCCUUCCUGGCAUUGGUCAGUUUUAUCUGUUUCCUCACCAACAGUCAGAGUAAUAGCAGGACUGGUCCCAGACUCCGCUGCUGUAACCUCUCCAUAGACCUCCUGUCGUUCUGUGGAGAAAUCACAGUUGUCAAAGCGUGCGAAGAACUGGUUGAGCUCAUUAGCUGGUGCCUCCACAGUUCCCUCAGCUGAAUGCCCACCAUAUCAAUGAGCUGCAUCCCCUUCCACACCUCCCUGAUGUUGUUGCGAGCAAACUGUUGCUCAAUCUUGUUCUUGUAGUCCCUUUUACCAGCCUGGAUCAUUUGUUUUAAUUCCUUCUGUAUCCCUUUCACACUGACCAUGUCACCCCUCAGGAAUGCUUGUUUUUUCAUAUUGAGCGUGCUCUUAAUGUCUCUUGUAAUCCAUGGUUUGUUAUUGGGGAAGCACUUCACAGCUCUCUGUGGAACAACAUUGUCCACACAGAAGUUGAUAUAGUCAGCAACGCUGUUGGAUAGAAGGUCUAUGUCACCAUCAGAGGACCUGGAUAAUUUCUCCAGUUUCUCUGAACUAAAACCCAACCACAAUAAGUGUACUUACUAUAUUACUGAUUGGGUCUUUAAAAGAUACAAACUUUAAAUUGCGAUGUGGUUUAGCGAUGAAAUGGGCGGAUGGUGAAGUUGAUGUACUUGGUGUACAUAUCCUGGAAACGUUGAACGAUCUUGCAACUAUUAACUUUGAUAGAAAGUGUGGAGGGUUAAAACGAUUAAAUAUGAAGGCAUUAACCUUUUAAAGCCUCCGUUAUAUCUAAAUCCAAACUGGUUUUCCAGCAGGCUACUAAGAGAGGCACAUCCAAUGUUCAAAAGGGGGCUUUUUGCCGUUAUACAGAGUAAAGCCAACCAUUUCCAGUUGAUUGACAAUGGAACCCUGUUUAAAGUAUCCUCCUUUUUAAUUGAAGCCAUACAGAGUUGGUUACAAUUCCAAUUUCAUCCUCCAGAAGAGUCAGAAUAAAUAUUACAGUAAAUAAUAUGGCUGAACUCCAAUGUACUGAUAGAGGGAACGUAUAAGGAAGGUAUCAUGUUUAUGACUGAUAUUGUAAAUAAGGACAGUAAAAUUAUGUUGCACAAGCAAUGAACAAAGUUGUAUGGAGAUGUAUGCUCAAUACAAAAGUAUAAUCAACUCAUUGCAGCUCUGCCUCAAAAAUGGAAGAGGCAAUUACUCAAAAGAGAAAGGAAUGCAUUUGUUUGUCUGCCUCCAAUGAAAAACCAUGCAUGGCCUAGUAUGACUAGUAUAAAUAGUAAAAUGUAUCAGUUUCACUUAAGGUCGAGAGGUUUGAAAACUAUACCGCGUAAAAUUCAAGAUAGUUGCAAACAGAUUUUCAAUGUCCCAAUUCCAUGGCAUCGGGUUUAUGAACUGAUAUACAAAACAACAAUUUACACAUCAAUUAAUGAUUUUAUAUGUAAACUAUUAUAUAAAAUUCUCGCUACAAAAAUAAUGUUUAAUAUAUGGGGAAUUGAACAGUCAGCCCUCUGCGAACUCGAGGAACCAGAAUCAAUAGAUCAUCUCUUUUGGGAUGGUCUUUCGGUGGCUCGCUUUUGGAGUCAGGUCCAUGAGUGGUUGUUAAGUCAUAAUGUCUGUUCAGAUGGACCUACAAACAGUACUGUUAGGAGAUCUGAAAAACCACGAUCAAUCAAUGGGAAAUAUAAUUAUACUCUUAGGUAAAGGUAUUUAUUUUUAGGGCAAUCUCGGUAGAAAUGGUACAAAUAGAGAGGUUCAAGACCCUCGUAAGACAUCACAGUAAAAUAGAAGGAUGUAUUGCAGAAGUAAAUAGUAAAAUGGUAGUGUACUGAGAAAGAUUAGUUAGUCUGUCGACAUCUUAGGGUUGUAAUUAAGAAUAGUGAUUGGCCCAUACACUUGGAAUCCAGUAUGAUUUUAAAAUAAUAUACAGUGGGGAGAACAAGUAUUUGAUACACUGCCGAUUUUGCAGGUUUUCCUACUUACAAAGCAUGUAGAGGUCUGUAAUUUUCAGAAAAUCCAGAAAAUCACAUUGUAUGAUUUUUAAGUAAUUAAUUUGCAUUUUAUUGCAUGACAUAAGUAUUUGAUACAUCAGAAAAGCAGAACUUAAUAUUUGGUACAGCAACCUUUGUUUGCAAUUACAGAGAUCAUACGUUUCCUGUAUGUCUUGACCAGGUUUGCACACACUGCAGCAGGGAUUUUGGCCCACUCCUCCAUACAGACCUUCUCCAGAUCCUUCAGGUUUCGGGGCUGUCGCUGGGCAAUACGGACUUUCAGCUCCCUCCAAAGAUUUUCUAUUGGGUUCAGGUCUGGAGACUGGCUAGGCCACUCCAGGACCUUGAGAUGCUUCUUACGGAGCCACUCCUUAGUUGCCCUGGCUGUGUGUUUCGGGUCGUUGUCAUGCUGGAAGACCCAGCCACGACCCAUCUUCAAUGCUCUUACUGAGGGAAGGAGGUUGUUGGCCAAGAUCUUGCGAUACAUGGCCCCAUCCAUCCUCCCCUCAAUACGGUGCAGUCGUCCUGUCCCCUUUGCAGAAAAGCAUCCCCAAAGAAUGAUGUUUCCACCUCCAUGCUUAACGGUUGGGAUGGUGUUCUUGGGGUUGUACUCAUUCUUCUUCUUCCUCCAAACACGGCGAGUGGAGUUUAGACCAAAAAGCUCUAUUUUUGUCUCAUCAGACCACAUGACCUUCUCCCAUUCCUCCUCUGGAUCAUCCAGAUGGUCAUUGGCAAACUUCAGACGGGCCUGGACAUGCGCUGGCCUUGAGCAGGGGGACCUUGCGUGCGCUGCAGGAUUUUAAUCCAUGACGGCGUAGUGUGUUACUAAUGGUUUUCUUUGAGACUGUGGUCCCAGCUCUCUUCAGGUCAUUGACCAGGUCCUGCCGUGUAGUUCGGGGCUGAUCCCUCACCUUCCUCAUGAUCAUUGAUGCCCCACGAGGUGAGAUCUUGCAUGGAGCCCCAGACUGAGGGUGAUUGACCGUCAUCUUGAACUUCUUCAAUUUUCUAAUAAUUGCGCCAACAGUUGUUGCCUUCUCACCAAGCUGCUUGCCUAUUGUCCUGUAGCCCAUCCCAGCCUUGUGCAGGUCUACAAUUGUAUCUCUGAUGUCCUUACACAGCUCUCUGGUCUUGGCCAUUGUGGAGAGGUUGGAGUCUGUUUGAUUGAGUGUGUGGACAGGUGUCUUUUAUACAGGUAACGAGUUAAAACAGGUGCAGUUAAUACAGGUAAUGAGUGGAGAACAGGAGGGCUUCUUAAAGAAAAACUUACAGGUCUGUGAGAGCCGGAAUUCUUACUGGUUGGUAGGUGAUCAAAUACUUAUGUCAUGCAAUAAAAUGCAAAUUAAUUACUUAAAAAUCAUACAAUGUGAUUUUUCUGGAUUUUCUGAAAAUUACAGACCUCUACAUGCUUUGUAAGUAGGAAAACCUGCAAAAUCGGCAGUGUAUCAAAUACUUGUUCUCCCCACUGUACAUAUACACACACAUACACAUACACACACACACACACACACACACAGUGCCUUCAGAACGUAUUCACACCCGUUGACUUUUUCCAUUUUUUUAUGUCACUGGCCUACACACAAUACCCCAUAAUGUCAAAGUGGAAUUAUGUUUUUAGACAUUUUUACAAAUUAAUUUGAAGAGCUGAAAUGUCUUGAGUCAAUAAGUAUUCAACCCCUUUGUUAUGGCAAGCCUAAAUACGUUCAGGAGUAGAAAUUUGCUUAACAAGUCACAUAAUAUGUUGCAUGGACUUACUCUGUGUGUAAUAAUAGUGAUUAACAUAAUUUUUUUAAUGACUACCUUAUCUCUGUACCCCACACAUACAAUUAUCUGUAAGGUCCCUCAGUCGAGCAGUGAAUUUCAAACACAGAUUCAACCACAAAGACCAGGGAGGUUUUCCAAUGCCUCGCAAAGAAGGGCACCUAUUGGUAGAUGGGUAAAAAUAUAAAGUAGACAUUGAAUAUCCCUUUGAGCAUGGUGAAGUUAUUAAUUACACUUUGGAUGGUGUAUCAAUACACCCAGUCACUACAAAGAUACAGGCGUCCUUCCUAUCUCAGUUGCCGGAGAGGAAGGAAACCGCUCAGGGAUUUCACCAUGAGGCCAAUGGUGACAUUAAAACAGUUACAGAGUUGAAUGGCUGCGAUAGGAGAAAACUGAGGAUGGAUCAACAACAUUGUAGUUACUCCACAAUACUAACUUAAUUGACAGAGUGAAAGGAAGGAAGCCUGUACAGAAUAAAAAUAUUCCAAAACAUGCAUCCUGUUUUCAACAAGGCACUAAAGUAAUAAUGCAAAAAAUGUGGCAAAGCAAUUAACUUUUUGUCCUGAAUACAAAGUGUUAUGUCUGGGGCAAAUCCAAUACAACACAUUAAUGAGUACCACUCUCUAUAUAUUGUCAAAAGCAUAGUGGUGACUGCAUCAUGUUAUGGGUAUGCUCGUAAUCGUUAAGGACUGGGGAGUUUUUCAGGAUAAAAAAACAAAACAGAAUAGAGCUGUUCCUAGAGGAAAACCUGGUUCAGUCUGCUUUCCACCAGACACUGAGAUUAAUUCACCUUUCAGCAGGACAAUAACCUAAAACACAAGAAUUUUGAAAAGAAUAAUGGGCAAAUGUUGCACAAUCCAGGUGUGGAAAGCUCUUAGAGACAUAUCCAGAAAGACUCACAGCUGUAAUCGCUGCCAAAGGUGCUUCUACAAAGUAUUGACUCAGGGGUCUGAAUACUUAUGUAAAUAAGAUAUUUCUGUAUUUCAUUUUCAAUACAUUUGCUAAAAUUUCAACAACAAAAAAAGUUUACUUUGUCAUUAUGGGGUAUUGUGUGUUGAUGGUUGACAAAAAAAAUCGAAUCCAUUUCGAAUUCAGGCUGUAAAACAACAAAAUGUGGAAUAAGUCAAGGGGUAUGAAUACUUUCAGAAGGCACUGUAUAUUUAAUUUUUAUGUUUCCACCAAGUCCACCAACCAGGGGAUUAGAAAUGAUGCAAGUAAUGUUAUUUGAUAGAAUCCAAUUCUAUCUGCUAAUUUCAUAGCUGAUCAAUCCCCUAUAUAAAAAAAAUAUGAUCUUGGCAUUUGUUGAAUUUCUGUUGGAAACCAUUCUUACCAAAACAUAACUUUCACUUGUCACGUUAGUGUUCAUGAGAGAAAUUGGUCGGUAGUCUUGGAUCACAACCCUGCUGGUUAUAGGGAGAUCUGUAAUAGUAUCUUGGUGCAUGUUCUACUGGGAGGAUGAAUUCUCAUUUGGACUCCCACCCUCUCUUUCCUCCACAGCUAAACCAUUCCCUAAGGCCUCGUCCCCAAGCCAUAGCUUGUCAGGAGGAUAUGCAAAGAGCAGCUCCUCCUCGUCCUCCAGCGGCUACGAUUACUCCCAUGAUGCCGAGGCUGCUCACAUGGCUGCCACUGCCAUCCUGAACCUGUCCACUCGCUGCUGGGAAAGGCCCGAGAACCUUAGCACCAAACAGCAGGACCCAGCCGGCAAGGUAGGCCUCUCUGCUACCCAGCUCAGCCCAGCCUAUCCUUUUGGUGUUGGUAGUUUACAUUUUAGUCAUUUAGCAGACGUUCUUAUCCAGAGCGACUUACAGUUAGUGAGUGCAUACAUUUUCCAUACUGGCCCCCUGUGGGAAUCGAACCCACAACCCUGGCGUUGCAAGCGCCAUGCUUUAGUAGUUGACUUUACAAUGUCUUUCCCUCUUAAAGUAUUUAUUGGACACACUGCAUUACUUGACCAUGCACUUUCUGGUGAAUCAAUCUGAUCUUGAUAGAGCUUCUAACUUUUAUCAUCAAUGUACACAAAUAUACAGGUGUAGUAUCUUAAUUUGACCUAUAUUGUCACAGCAAAAAUAAUAACAGGAUUUGAACGUUUAGUCCAUAAUGUUGCUUGAUCUGUUGUUAGGCUAUUUGCUGGCCAAAAGUAGGCUACAUGAAAAGUGCAAUACUGCUAAUAUAACCGUAUGUUAGUGUUUUUUUUGUGUGUGAAUUUAUGUAAAUCAAGAAGCUCAUCUGCAAAAUAGUGAUCAAAUUAGGAUCCUACAUAUGUAUACACCACAGGAGGUUGGUGGCACCUUAAUUGAGGAGGAUGGGCUCGUGGUAAUGGCUGGGGCGGAAUCAGUGGAAUGUUAUCAAAUGCAUCAAACACAUGGUUUCCAUGGGUUUGAUGCCAUUCCAUUUACUCCAUUCCAGACAUUAUGAGCUGUCCUCCCCUCAGCAGCCUCCACUGGUACACACACACACACACACACACAAUCACACUCACACUCACGCUAACAUAGUCCUUGUACCUUCAGGAAAUUGAUAUUGAAGUGGAUGAGAAUGGGACACUGGACCUGAGCAUGAAGAAGCCCAUCAAGAGGGAAGGGAUGCAAUCACCAGACCCCUCUUCAUCCUCCUCCUCUUCCUCGCAGCAACCGGGAGGUGUUCCCUUGUCCCAGGCCCACCUGCAGGAGGAGUGGGAAGGGCCUCUGGACUUCACCAAGCCAAACUGUCCCAAAGAGGAGGAGGAGCAAGAUGAGGUAACUGCAUUACGCCAUGUCCGUGAAUAACACCAAACCAUUGGAAUUAUGAUAAUGUUAUAGUCUUGAGAGAGGUUAAAUCAACGUUGUUUCAACGUAAUCUGUCAACGUAUUGUGAUGUGGAAUCUACGUGGAAAAUACAUUGGAUUCGAAAAAAAUUAUCAACCUAAACUGUUGUUUUGAGGAAAACAUUUCAACCACAGGAUUAUAUCAUCAUGGUAACCAAUUUUCAACAUAGACAAACCUUGUAUAAAAUAUGUUGAAGUUGUACCUUUGAAAGAACGUCAGAUCUUCAAUGUAAUAUCCACUAUAAGAAAAAACUAUAUGCUGGACAGCACCUCCUACUGGAGAGUUGAUCUAUCUACAGCUAUCUCUUCGGUCUCCCAUCCAGGGUUUUAACGAAGUCCAACCUUGCUUAGCUUUGAUUUUGUCACUGACUAGUACCAAUGUCUUAUCAUAAGAAUGAUUGUUGCUAUCGUGUUGUGCUAUCGUGAGAAUGAUUAUCGAAGUCAUUCCAAAAGGUUGGUUCAACAGAACAAAUAAAAUGUAACCAUACUUUAUCAAUCAUAUAUCAUCAAUGAUGCUAUUUAGGCCUAUAUAGCAUUUGGGAAGUCAUCAACAGCUAUUGUUUAAAUUCAGCACAGGAUUUUUUUAAAAUAGACAAUAUAUAUAGGCCUAGGGUUUCAAGCUUUGGUUGAUUUCAAAUGUAAUCUACAAGUUGAUAAAAAAAUAUGUUUGAUUCACGUCUCCAUCUCAACCAAAAAUAAAAGUUAAAGAUUGUGAUUAAAUCAAAUCAAACUGUAUUUAAAGUGCAUUUCAAGUUUGAUUUGAUUUAGUCCUAUUCUCUAACUUAGAUUUUUGGUUGAAAUGGAGACGUGAAUCCAACAUGUAAAUUAUUAAUAUAUAGACAAACUGGAAUUAAGCCAGACUCAGUGGCACAGAUGGAUCUAUCUAAGCAGAAGAUACAGUGGCUUGCCUUACAACCUGAAAACUUGAGCGUGCAUAACUAUUCACCCCCCCAAAGUCAAUACUUUGUAGAGCCACCUUUUGCAGCAAUUACAGCUGCAAGUCUCUUGGGGUAUGUCUCUAUAAGCUUGGCACAUCUAGCCACUGGGAAUUUUGCCCAUUCUUCAAGGCAAAACUGCUCCAGCUCCUUCAAGUUGGAUGGGUUCCGCUGGUGUACAGCAAUCUUUAUGUCAUACCACAGAUUCUCAAUUGAAUUGAGGUCUGGGCUUUGACAAGGCCAUUCUAAGACAUUUAAAUGUUUCCCCUUAAACCACUCAAGUGUUGCUUUAGCAGUAUGCUUAGGGUCAUUGUCCUGCUGGAAGGUGAACCUCCGUCCCAGUCUCAAAUCUCUGGAAGACUGAAACAGGUUUCCCUCAAGAAUUUCCCUGAAUUUAGCGCCAUCCAUCAUUCCUUCAAUUCUGAUCAGUUUCCCAGUCCCUGCCGAUGAAAAACAUCCCCACAGCAUGAUGCUGCCACCACCAUGCUUCACUGUGUGGAUGGUGUUCUCGGGGUGAUGAGAGGUGUUGGGUUUGCACCAGACAUAGCGUUUUCCUUGAUGGCCAAAAAGCUCAAUUUUAGUCUCAUCUGACCAGAGUUACCUUCUUCCAAGUACCUGUUUGGGGAGUCUCCCACAUGCCUUUUGGCGAACAACCAAACGUAUUUGCUUAUUUUUUUCUUUAAGCAAUGGCUUUUUUCUGGACACUCUUCCGUAAAGCCCAUCUCUGUGGAGUGUACGGCUUAAAGUGGUCCUAUGGACAGAUACUCCAAUCUCCGCUGUGGAGCUUUACAGCUCCUUCAAGGUUAUCUUUGGUCUCUUUGUUGCCUCUCUGAUUAAUGCCCUCCUUUCCUGGUCCGUGAGUUUUGGUGGGCGGCCCUCUCUUGGCAGGUUUGUUGUGGUGCCAUAUUCUUUCCAUUUUUUAAUAAUGGAUUUAAUGGUGCUCCGUGGGAUGUUCAAAGUUUUGGAUAUUUUUUUAUAACCCAACCCUGAUCUGUACUUCUCCACAUCUUUGUCCCUGACCUGUUUGGAGAGCUCCUUGGUCUUCAUGGUGCCUCUUGCUUGGUGGUGCCCCUUGCUUAGUGGUGUUGCAGACUCUGGGGCCUUUCAGAACAGGUGUACAUAUAUACUGAGAUCAUGUGACAGAUCAUGUGACACUUGGAUUGCACACAGGUGGACUUUAUUUAACUAAUUAUGUCACUUCUGAAGGUAAUUGGUUGCACCAGAUUUUAUUUAGGGGCUACAUAGCAAAGGGGGUGAAUACAUAUGCACGCACCACUUUUCUGUUAUUUAUUUUUUAGAUUUUUUGAAACAAUUAAUCUUUUUUAUUUCACUUCACCAAUUUUGUGUAUGUCCAUUACAUGAAAUCCAAAUAAAAAUCAAUUUAAAUUACAGGUUGUAAUGCAACAAAAUAGGAAAAACGGCAACGGGGAUGAAUACUUUUGCAAGGCAUUGUUCAUCUCCUUCAAAAGUUGAUAUUUGGUUGUGUUGUCAACCAAACACAAUUCAAUAUUACUUUUGUAAGACAGUAAAUAACCUAAUGUUAAGGCUAUCUUACGAACUAAUGUAACAGUAUUUAUUAAACCUUAAAAUUAGUAACACAUCCAUGGCCACAUUUUGAGGUUACUGUAACAAUACAUGUAUUCUUAUGUAAUCAUAGAAAGUGUGCAUGUUCAGGGUUGCAGGUCUGUGGAAAUCUUCACAAUUGCUAUAAUAAUCUGCACAGAAUCUCAAACAGCAUUGAUCACUUGCACCAUGUACUUUAAUGUAACCUCAACUAACUGCAAUCCAGGUCAUUUAGUUGUGCUAUUAGAUUAGUUAAGCACAGUGAUAACACAUUAAGUUGUUGUAUAAAUAAACAAAAUAUCUGACAUUGUAUUCCCAUUUGAACUUUGGUUGUGCUUUUAGAUGGUUGAAAGCAUAGUGAUAACACAUUGGGAAUUCAACAAACGUUUGGCUGUCUUUUUGAGUGGGUGAAAAUAGGCUGGAAUCUCAUUGAUCAACAUAUCUACUAACUAUUACCCAAUUCUCCACGUUGAAAUGAUGUGGUGUGCCCAGUGGGUAGUGUGUGUUCUAGCCCCAGCUUCCAGUGAUGAACAACAAUUGGAAAUAUGCUAAGGCGAGACUUGUGUGACUAUGUUCUGAUUGCAUGAUUUUUUAUGCUGGAGAUGCCAUCUUUGCCAGGUCUUCUUUGUAAAAUUGCUUUUUUGUCUCAAUGGGACAUCCUGGUUUGAAUAAGGGAUGGAUGAAAUUAUAAGGUAUAAUCUCUCUCCAUCCUUACCUGUGUUUGUUUGACCUUCCCCCAGAUGGACUUUGUGGCCCACUCCUACACCUCCUCUGAUGCAGAGGAUGAUGACAUCACUCAGGAGAGCAUGGAGGACAGGAAGUACCCAGGCGAGGUCACCACGUCCAGCUUCAAGGUUCAGUUCUCGCCCAAAGACUGCAAAAAAGAAGUUCUACUGUAAGUCUGCUAUAAAAUAACUUCAGUCCAGCAUUCAUAACAACAUUAUAAGAGAUAAAUAAUCCCAAUUUUAAAUUUUCUAUCUAUGGAGUACUCUAAUCACAAGGCUGACACAUAACUAUUAUAAAGGACAUAGUUCAAAGUAGUACUGCCAUCCACCGUCACUAUGUUUUCAAUUAAUUAAUUAAUUUCCAAUUAUCUCCAGAUGUCCCACCCCAGGUUGUGAUGGCAGUGGGCACAUCACUGGAAACUACGCGUCACAUCGGAGGUAUGACACAGCCCCACUCCCCUGCAUUUCAACCAAUGCAGUCGGUAGCGCUGUUUCACAUUUUCCGUCUUACAACUGCAUACAACUGCAUUUAUAGUGUUUUUCAGGCACUGAUACUGAAUGUCAACUAAUCUACAAAUCUGCAUUACAAAUCCAGAACAUUCAAUAAUUACUAUACUCUAUUGCUCUCUUAUCCUGUGCUACGAUGAAUCCUGUAAACAAUAUUCAUUGUUGUGAUUGGGAUCGAGCCCUUUCCUUUAUUCUGCCCCUUAUUAAAUUACUUCACAAUAUCCUCUCCAUCGCUCUCCUUCCCUCUCUCUCUCUCUCUCUCCCUCCUUCUCUCUCUAUAUUUUCCAUAUCUUCCAGUCUGUCAGGCUGUCCUCUUGCUGAUAAGUCUCUUCGGACCCUCAUGGCUGCCCACUCUGCUGAACUAAAGUAUGUCUGUGCUUGUAUUCCCCCUUCCAUCCUUCCUUCCAACCCAGGGGCAACUCUGCUCAUGGAGAGCUGCAUGUGUGUGCAGGCAUUGGUUCCAGUUCAGCUCCAACACAUCUACAAACCUAACAGUUGUCUGACUUGAAGAUCAUGAUUAGUCAAGGAUUUGAAUUAGGUGUGUUAGUGCUGGGCUGAAAUAAAAGCCUGCACACACUGUGGGCCUCCUGGACCAGAGAUCCCUAUCCCUGUUCUAACCCUACUUUAUACUGACAUGACUGAACCCUGCUGAUCUUUGUAUUGUCACUGCAAUGUGCAGGGAUGAGUCUUCCCUCUGCUGCGAUCUCCUGUAUCAAACAAAUUGCUAUCCUAUAGAGAAAGAAUGUUAGCUACUUUUAUGAGAAAAAACGUUCAUAUGAUCUUUACAUUUGCUAUGCUAUGCUGACAUGACUUGUGCUGACCUCUGACCUCUGUCUGGUUGACCCCCAGGUGUCCGACCCCUGGAUGCGAUGGAUCAGGUCACAUCACUGGAAACUACGCCUCCCAUAGAAGGUAUACACAGAUAGUUUAUUGCUUUUGUUUCUAUUUUUAUUUCAUCCUAGUCAUUCCUACUGGAAGAUAGUCUAAAAAGGACUGUAUUAGAAUCCUUAUUUUCCUCUCUAUGUCUCUGUCAGUUUGUCUGGAUGCCCUCGUGCUAAGAAAGGUGCUGUCAAGACAACACCCACCAAGGAUGACAAGGAAGACUCUGAGCUUCUAAGGUUGGUCCGCGGCAAACCAUUUGUUUGCUUUUCUUUACGAUCCACACAACGGAUUGCCCUUUAUUCGGCCCUCUAGCUCUCAAACGCCUCUAGCUCUCAAACGAAUACUGAUUGCUUUCCUCUCUCUCUCUCGUUCCCCUCUCCUCCACCGUUGACCCUGGCUUCCCUCCCUCCAUUAGUAGAUGCCCGGUGCCCGGCUGUGACAGCCUAGGCCACAUCAGUGGGAAGUAUGCCACCCACCGCAGUGCCUACGGGUGCCCCCUGGCAGCGCGGCGUCAGAAGGAGGGGCUCCUUAACGGCUCUCCUUUCUCCUGGAAGGCCUUUAAGACUGAGGGACCCACCUGUCCCACCCCCGGCUGUGACGGAUCAGGACACGCCAAUGGCAGCUUCCUCACACACCGCAGGUAUUACACUUCAUCAAAUUCAAAAAAAGGUUUUUGUUUGUGUUCUUACAAACAUAAUACAAACAGCUGGGCCUAAACCUGAAAUAUUAUUAACCUACAGUGCCUUCAGAAAGUAUUCAUACCCCGUGACUUGGGUAUGUCUGUAUCAGCUUUGAAAAUCUGGAUUUGGGGAUUUUCUCCCAUUCUUCCUUGCAGAUUUUCUUUAGCUCUGUUAAAAUAGAUGGGGAGCGGAGGUGAACAGCAAUCUUCAAGUCUUUCCACUGAUUUUCAAUGAGAUUCAAGUCUGGGCUUUGGCUGGGCCAUUCAAGGACUUACACAUUCUGGUUCUGAAGCCAGUCCAGCGUUGCUUUGGCUGUAUGCUUCGGGUCAUUGUCCUGUUGGAAUGUAAAUCUUUGCCCCAAGUCUAAGGUCAUUUGCACUCUGAAGCAGAUUCUCAUCAAGGAUUUGCCUGUAUUUGGCUCCAUUCAUUGUUUCCUUUAUCCUUACCAGUCUCCCAGUCCCUGCCACUGAAAAGCAUCCCCAUAGCAUGACGUCACCACCAUGCUUCACAGUAGGGAUGGUGUUAGACGGGUAAUGAGCUGUGCCUGGUUCUUUCCAGACAUAGUGCUUUGCAUUCAGGCCAAAAAGUUUUGGCCAAUUCUUUUCUCAUCAGACCACAUAAUAUUUUGCCUUAUGCUUUCACGUGCCUUUUUGCAAACUCCAGGCGUGCUGUCAUGUGCCUUUUUCUCAGUAGUGGCUUCCGUCUGGCCACUCUCCUAUAAAGUCCAGAUUGGUAAAGUGCUGUAGAGACUGUUGUCCUUCUGGCAGGUUCUCCCAUCUCAGCCAAGGAACUCUGUAGUUCUCUCAGAGUGGUCACUGGGUUCUUGGUCACCUCCCAGACCAAGGUCCUUCUUGCCCGGUUGCUCAGUUUGGUCGGACGGACAGCUCUAAGCAGAUGUUUACAUCUAGACAGGUUUUUAAAGCAUGGCAAAACAUGCUGUGUAAAGAAAACUGAUGGCAUAUUAAAAUAAACUAAACUAACUAGUAUCUAGUCCACAUUGGCCCUAUUCUAGCAGCGCUCCAUCACUAGCCUUAUUUCUCUUUUCCUCUUCUGUUGUUCCCAGUCUCUCUGGUUGUCCCAGAGCCUCCGCUAAUAAGAAGAGAACCAGGUUUCCUGGAGAUGAGUACAUUACAGCAAAGUUCAGGGCCAGCGAUGGUAAGUCUGGACAUAACUUAAAUGUUUCAUCUGACAGUAAAACAACAAAUCUAAAACAAAUCAAUCCAUCCUCUUCGGAGGACAAAAAUAGCUUUUUUUAUACAGCUUUUUUGUUACGUAUACAUAUAUUUUACAUACUACAUAAAUGGUACUUUAAUAUACAGCAUUCACCUGACAAAGAUAUUUAUAUAAAGAUAUUUAUAUCUUUGUCAGGUGAAUGCUGUGUGUAUAUAUAUAUAUAUAUAUAUAUACAGUACCAGUCAAAAGUUUGGACACCCCUACUCAGUCAAGGGUUUUUCUUUAUUUUUACUAUUUUCUACAUUGUAGAAUACAUCAAAACUAUUAAAUAACACAAAUGGAACCAAAAAAGUGUUAAACAAAUCAAAAUAUAUUUUAUAUUUGAGAUUCUUCAAAUGCCACCCUUUGCCUUGAUGAUAGCUUUGCACACUCUUGGCAUUCUCUCAACCAGCUUCACCUGGAAUGCUUUUCCAGCAGUCUUGAAGUAGUUCCCACAUAUGCUGAGCACUUGUUGGCUGCUUUUCCUUCACUCUGCGGUCCGACUCAUCCCAAACCAUCUCAAUUUGGUUGAGGUCGGGGGAUUGUGGAGGCCAGAUCAUUUGAUGCAGCACUCCAUCACUCUCCUUGGUAAAAUAGCCCUUACACAGCUUGCAGGUGUGUUGGGUCAUUGUCCUGUUGAAAAACAAAUAAUAGUCCCACUAAGCCCAAACCAGAUGGGAUGGCGUAUCGCUGCAGAAUGCUGUGGUAGCCAUGCUGGUUAAGUGUGCCUUGAAUUCUAAAUAAAUCACCAGCAAAGCACCCCCACACCAUAACACCUCCUCCUCCAUGCUUUAUGGUGGGAACUACACAUGCAGAGAUCAUCCGUUCACCCACACCGCGUCUCACAAAGACACGGCGGUUGGAACCAAAAAACUCAAAUUUAGACUCCAGACCAAAGGACACAUUUCCACCGGUCUUAUGUCCAUUGCUCGUGUUUCUUGGCCCAAGCAGGUCUCUUCUUAUUAUUGGUGUAGUGGUUUCUUUGCAGCAAUUCGACCAUGAAGGCCUGAUUCACACAGUCCCCUCUGAACAGUUGAUGUUGAGAUGUGUCUGUGACUUGAACUCUGUGUAUUUGAAGAAUCUCAAAUACAAAAUAUAUUUUGAUUUGUUUAACACUUUUUUGGUUAUUACAUGAUUCCACAUGUGUUAUUUCAUAGUUUUCAUGUCUUCACUAUUAUUCCAACUCCAUAUUAAUACCCAUGCUUUUGGAAUGAGAUGUUCGAUGAGCAGGUGUCCACAUACAAUAUAUGUAGUGUUUUCAAUAAUAAUAAUUAAUGUGACAGUUUGUCCAUAAUGGGACAAAUCCUAAUUUCCAUUAAAUCAAAUACACAAAAAAAAAAAAUUAUGCACGCAUGACUGUAAGUCGCUUUGGAUAAAAGCGUCUGCUAAAUGGCAUAUUAUUAUUAUUAUAUUAUUAUUCUACAAUGUAAAAAAUAGUAAAAAUAAAGAAAACCCCUUGAAUGAGUAGGUAUGUCCAAACUUUUGACUGGGUUGUGUAUAUAUAUAGAUACACACACACAAAAGUACGUGGACACCCCUUCAAAUUAGUGGAUUUGGCUAUUUCAGCCACACCUGUAUAAAAUCGAGCACACAGCCAUGCAAUCUCCAUAGACAAACAUUGACAGUAGAAUGGCCUUACUGAAGAGCUCAGUGACUUUCAACGUGGCACUGUCAUAGGAUGCCACCUUUCCAACAAGUCAGUUCGUCAAACUUCUGCCCUGCUAGAACUGCCCCUGUCAACUGUAAGUGCUGUUAUUGUGAAGUGGAAACGUCUAGGAGCAACAAUGGCUCAGCCGCGAAGUGGUAGGCCACACAAGCUCACAGAACGGGACCACCGAGUGCUGAAGCGCGUAGCGUGUAAAAAUCGUCUCUCCUCGGUUGCGACACUCACUACCGAGUUCCAAACUCUCUGGAAGCAACGUCAGCACAAUAACUGUUCGUUGGGAGCUUCAUGAAAUGGGUUUCCAUGGCCGAGAAGCCGCACACAAGCCUAAGAUCACCAUGCGCAGUGCCAAGCGUCGGCUGGAGUGGUGUAAAGCUUGCAGCCAUUGGACUCUGGAGCAGUGGAAACGCGUUCUCUGGAGUGAUGAAUCACGCUUCACCAUCUGGCAGUCCGAUGGACGAAUCUGGGUUUGGCGGAUGCCAGGAGAACGCUACCUGCCCCAAUGCAUAGUGCCAACUGUAAAGUUUGGUGGAGGAGGAAUAAUGGUUUGGGGCUGUUUUUCAUGGUUCGGGCUAGUAGGCCCCUUAGUUCCAGUGAAAGGAAAUCUUAACGCUACAGCAUACAAUGACAUUCAAGACGAUUCUGUGCUUCCAACUUUGUGGCAAUAGUUUGGGGAAGGCCCUUUCCUGUUUCAGCAUGACAAUGUCCCCGUGCACAAAGCGAGGUCCAUACAAAAAGGGUUUGUCGAGAUCGGUGUGGAAGAACUUGACUGGCCUGCAGAGCCCUGACCUCAACUCCAUCGAACACCUUUGGGAUAAAUUGGAAGCAGACUGCGAGCCAGGCCUAAUUGCCCAACAUCCAUGCCUGACCUCACUAAUGCCCUUGUGGCUGAAUGGAAGCAAGACCCCGCAGCAUUGUUCCAACAUCUAGUGGAAAGCCUUCCCAGAAGAGUGGAGGCUGUUAUAGCAGCAAAAGGGGGACCAACUCCAUAUUAAUACCCAUGCUUUUGGAAUGAGAUGUUCGAUGAGCAGGUGUCCACAUACAAUAUAUGUAGUGUUUUCAAUAAUAAUAAUUAAUGUGACAGUUUGUCCAUAAUGGGACAAAUCCUAAUUUCCAUUAAAUCAAAUUUUCACGUAGUCAUGCAUUGAUGUCAAUGGGAGACUAAGUGAAAAUUCGACUUAAGUGGAAGUUAGGAUUUGUCCCAACAUGAAAAGGUGGGUCAAGUCUGGUCCAGUAAAACUGGAUGAUCUUCAAUUAUGUUUGACUGUUGCUAGUUGUUUUAUUGGUUCUAUCUGGUUUGCUAUUAUUUAUUCAGUUCUGGAUAAUGAUGAAGAUAUCAAGCAGCUGAACAAUGAGAUCAGUGAACUGAGCGAGUCCAACUCAGAGAUGGAGGAUGACAUGAUGAACCUGCACACACAGGUGAGUCUGCCACUUGUUAACAAUAACCACUAAAUACUGUCUUGAUGUUCCUAAUUCAAUUAGAAAUAAAAACAUUGAUUGUAUAGAGAGUUUGUGGCUGACUGAUAAGCUGUUGUUGAUUGGUUUGUGGUUCUCUGCUUCAGAUCUCGUCCAUGGAGAAGAACCUGAAGAGUAUGGAGGAGGAGAACAAGCAGAUCGAGGAGAGAAACGAUGCCCUGUACAUGGAGCUGUCUGGCCUGAGCCAAGCUCUGAUCCGCAGCUUGUCCAACAUCCAGCUGCCACACAUUGUGAGUUACACACAGGGAUGGAUCACUCAGAGCAUGCACACACACACGCACGCACACACAAACACUUUAUCUUAGAGAGAACAUUUUGACAUAACCUCAGUUUUACACACCUACAUGCAUAAAUGCACAUUUUCUAAUUACAAAUGAUCUAACACAAAUCUCCACAAAUGCACAGAUUAACGCAUACAAGCUUGUCUUUCUCUAACGCGUUACUUGUGUUUACUUCAGCAGGAACCUAUGUCGGAGCAGAACAUUGAUACAUAUGUGGACACCUUGACCCAUAUGUUCUCCAAUAAAGAUUGCUACCAAAACCCGGAGAACCGCGCUCUGUUGGAGUCCAUCAACCAAGCGGUAAAAGGUAUCGAAGUGUAG